UGAUCCUCUUCAUUCUUGCUUUCCUCCUCGACGUGCUUGCUGCAGUACUCGAUGACCUUGCGUACGUAGGCAUUUGCUGCUGACGUUCGGCAAGGGGAUCACAUUAUUGACUAAAGACAUGCUAUCUUAACCUACACCCUCACCUCUCUCUCUUCUCUCUCUGACCCUAAACCACCGCAUCAAUGGCACUGCACGGCUCCUGUGGGCCUCUAAUUUCGAGCCCAUUACUCACUCCCACCACAACUCCAACCUUGACCAUUCUCAUCCAUCCACGCCCACCACCUGUUCGUGAUAAUGCCAGACUCAGAACCACCCCCACAUUGCCGCUAAGAGCCACCGCCACCACACCCCUUAAGAAUCAAUACGUGUACCCGGACCCAGUUCCGGAAUUUGCAGAAUGCGAGACCCACAAGUUCAGAGCUGAGCUUUCCAGGAAGCUAUUGAAGGACAAGGCGACUUUUGGGGACGACUUCAAUAGUGUCGUUGACGUAUGCGCUGAGAUAUUUAGUGAAUUCUUGCUCAAUGAGUAUGGAGGACCUGGAACAUUGGUAGUGGAUCCCUUCACUGAUAUGCUGAUUGCUCUCAAGGAGAAGGAACUACCUGGAGCACCUUUGGCUGCAAGGGCAUCACUGUUAUGGGCUCAAAACUAUUUGGAUCAAGACUGGGAUGCUUGGAACACGAAAUCAUCAAAGUGAUAUUUCAUUUUGUGAAUCCAGUGUCUGAAUUUUCACUUUGGAAUGUUGUAUUCUACUGUUCAUACAUAAAACUCACAAGAAAUGGUGAAGAACACUCGUGUCUAUCACAAAAACUUCACUUCUAAUACAAUGUCAGAUUCAGUGAUUUGUGUGUUGCUCUAUACAGAUUUUCUUAUUACUUUGG